GACAACGACGGCGACGACGACGACGACACAUGCAUGCCACAUCCUUACUCACCUCCGAUCACGACAUCGGUAUCCUUGAAUUUUUUAUUAUGACCUGAAGAAGAAGAAGUAAAUAAGAGACACCCCCAUCACCUCUACCGACCAGCGACUGUUCUGGUCCAAAACAAAGCAAAAAGAAUUAAAAAAUUAAAAGACGAGACGAGACAACAAGAAGAAAAGGAAAGAAACAACAAACUCAUCAUAUCUACCGUUCACCCAACAACCACAGACACCAGCAAAACACACAACCACCACCCUGCAGCAGAGAGACAAGACGCCAUGGCCGACAGGACCUCACGACAGGCGCCGCCCCCGCCGGGCGCCCCGCGACGACAAGUCCGGAGGAACCUCUUUCAGGGCCUGACGAGGCGGCCGACGGGCCCCACAGGGGCCCCCGUGGUAUCGAGUUCGAGUGCUGCUGCUGCCCUCGGAGGAGGGGUAGGGGUUUCGGUUUCUGCUGCUGCGGCCGCAGUCGCCGGUGGUAACAGCAUGGUGACGGGCGCCGUGAGCGGUUCGUCGUCGGGGGGGACCUCGGCCGAGACGCUGCGGCUCGACGUCGAUGUGCUCUCGGACGCCGGACCUCCCACGGGGGCGGCGGCGGCGGCGGCGGGACCGCUCGAGAUCGUCGUGCGCGACGAGCAUGGCGAUGUUGAGCUGGGCGAGCUGCCGACGCUGGUCUUUGACGAGGCUGACGAGGUGGCGGCGAUGGAUGACCGAGAGGAGAGCAACAAAGAGCGGCAGAGGCUGGCGGAGGCGGUGAAGCAGCAUCAAGUCAACCAUACUGCGGUCCGUGAGCAGCCUGAAGAGCUGCUUGAAGCUGUCAAGGCUAGUCUUCGGGCCAAGGUCGCUGCUCUCGCCGAAGACAAUUGGAUGUAUGAGGCCGAGCCAGAGCUGCCCCGAGCCUUUUGAACGCGAUGCAGGGCCCAACUAUCAUUUGCGAAACCGGGCGCAAUGUCGCCACAGCAUUCUGUCUCAUGUUUUAGCGUCCGGUGUCACGGCCGAACUUGGAGGCAUAUUCGGCGGAAAAAAGGGCC